AUAUGUUUUAAUCUUGUUGUAACAAAUACAUAAGAUACAUUUCAAUUCAAGGAACCAAUUUACGCCUAGAGGUCAAUUGUUUUGGAACAUGUUUGUUCCUGAUGCGGCAUCAUACCUCAGUGGGAGCGACUUGGAAUUAUGACGUGCUCUGUGACGUGUUUUUUGCUACCAGGAAACGAAUGUAAACAUAGCAAUCGGAGGAGAAACGCGAAAGCAUUCGCAUAAUUCUACAAAAAUCUCUCGAUGCUGGGUGCUAAAUACGAUUUUGCAGCACUGGGCGAAAUGGGGUUAGCUGGAAAUAUGAUUGCCAAUUCUAGAAAAGGUUUAACGCAGUAGCUAGGACUGAGGCAGGCUAAUCGCUUGAUAAACCGACACACAUCCACUUCGGGGUGCAGAGAAUUUGCAACAAGCUGAUGACAUGUCGGCAGACUGUUCUUCUGCCAACCAGGAAGAACCUAAUGCUGUUGUUGGAAACAUAUUGCUGCAGUUAUAGGUCCAGGCAUGUUUGCCAUAAGGGCACCUGAGGAGGAGUCCUCAGAGAUGGUGGAGGAGAUGGACACGUCAGAGGCUGUCUGGUGCUGGUAUUACCUAGCUGAAUGUGGAGUGUGGCACAUGUUUGAGAUUGAUCCAAGUGCUGCAUGCUCUGUGACCAGUGAGCAGAUAGAACAGAAUUACAGCAGGAAUCAACACGGUGUCAUGGAGUUUUACACCGCCAAGUACACCUACAGACUGGACUUCUCAGUCAUGAAGCAGAUCAAUGUCACAACCGGAAAACAACGGCCAAUCAAACGGGCAUUCCACUCUGCCACUGGCUUUAGGUUCAUUUGUGAUAAUCUGGCCCUGCCGGUGCCCUGCCACUGGGAGAGAAUAAAUACAGACGAGCCUUAUCAGCUCGUCUCAUUGGCCAGAGAUACUUAUGAAUUCAAGGAAGUGGUCAGACUCUAUGAAAGGACCAUGUGUCACCCUAUCAAAUCUAUUCAGAGGAUACAGAACCUGGAUCUGUGGGAGUUCUUUUGCAGGAAAAAACAACAAUUGCGCAAGAUAAAGCGAGUUGUGGACAUUGAGGAGAAAAUGUUAUUUCAUGGCACAGGCCACAGCAACGUGCAGGCUAUAUGCACAUAUAACUUUGACUGGCGGCUAACUGGGAGCCAUGGGGACGUCUAUGGCAGAGGGAGUUAUUUCGCCCGAGACGCCAAGUAUUCUAGCAAAUUCUGCCUUACGACUGGGAAACAUAACUUUGCCUUGCAGAAGCACGGACUAGCCCCGCCGAUAUUUUCAAGCGAGCCUCCAUAUAAGACCAUGUUCCUGGCCAGAGUGCUGGUCGGCGAGUCCACGUUAGGCAAUCCGCUGUUCUGCCGACCGCCAUCCAAGGACAUGAGCUACAGCAACUUCUUUGACAGCUGUGUGGACGACCUCGCCAACCCAAAGAUCUAUGUCAUCUUCGACUGCAACCAGAUUUACCCAGAGUAUCUGAUUGAGUUCUACUGACGCCUAUGGGGUGAUCAGGGACUUUAUCACACAAUGUACAGGGGGUGGAUUUUUUUUUUACCAGGACGGGAUUGGGAUUCAGAGACAUCAGGGGAGGGGGGACGAGAGAGGAGGGACUUAAUGGACGGCCAUGAUGACUUCCCGCUGUUUGAUUCAAGGCCUGACUGGGACUUGGAUCAUAAGAUGUGCCUUAAUGGAUUAUUAUGGCAGAACAAGGAAGACCAUACAAGAAGACUAUGUUUCUAUAAAAGCUGUAGAGUUCGUAACGAGUGGUUUGUCUAUUUACUGUGUUUAGAGACUUGUGGGUCGGAGAGGGCGAGAGGUGGCGUAUUAGAAAAACAGAAAAGUAACUGCACACUGUUUGAGCGUUCCCGAAAUGGAUUAGCAAUGUUUCAAGGCAGGAUCACCUUGUGUUGUCGAAACGUUGCGAAUACGUUUUGGGAGCUUUCUAACAGUGUGCAGGUAUUCUUUUUUUAUUUUCCUUUGUUUGGGUCCAACAUGACCAUAGUCAAACAAAGCUAAAAAGUGCAACACACUUCUAAUGAGGAUGUAGACUGAAUAACGACUUUGGUGACCAGGAUGCAAUAACUCACUAUUACAAGUGAAGUCGCCAACAUAAAGUAAACAAAUGUUUGACUUGCCCUACUCCUGUAUACAAAGACCUGAUUUCAUAGAUAGACAUUGAAUAAGUAGGUGUAUCCAAACGUUUGACUGGUACUGUGUAUAAGGGAUAUAUUCAUUGUAACUGUACAGUAAUCUGCUCUUGUAAUAUUUUCUACAUUGUAGAAUAAUAGUGAAGACAUCAAAUCUAUGAAAUAACACAUAUGGAAUCAUGUAUUAACCAAAUAAGUGUUAAACAAAUCAAAAUAUAUUUUAGAUUAUUCUAAGUAGCCACCCUUUGCCUUGAUGACAGCUUUGCACACUUUUGGCAUUCUCUCAACCAGCUUCAUGAGGAAUCCUUUUCCAACAGUCUUGAAGGAGUUCCCACAUGUGCUGAGCACUUGUUGGCUGAUUUUCCUUUACUCUGCGGUCCAACUCAUCUCAAACCAUCUCCAUUGGGUUGAGGUUGGGUGAUUGUGGAGGCCAGGUCACCUGAUGCAGCACUCUAUCACUCUCCUUCUUGGUCAAAUAGCCCUUAUACAGUCAUUGUCCUGUUAAAAACAAACGAUCGUCCCACUAAGCCCAAACCAGAUGGGAUGGCGUAUCGCUGCAGAAUGCUGUGGUAGCCAUGCUGGUUAAGUAUGCCUUGAAUUCUAAAUAAAUUACAGACCAUGUCACCAGGAAUGCACCAUCACACCUCCUCCUCCAUGCUUCACGGUGGGAACCACACAUGCGGAGAUCAUCCGUUCACGUAGCGCUUGAUGGUUUUUGUGACUGCACUUGAAGAAACUUUAAAAGUUCAUCAUGUCUUAAAGUAAUGAUGGACUAUCGUUUCUCGUUGCUUAUUUGAGCUGUUUAUGCCAUAAUAUGGACUUGUCACAACACAACUGAUUGUCUCAAAUGCGUUAAGAAGGAAUUAAAUUCCACAAAUUAACUUUUAACAAGGCACACCUGUUCAUUGAAAUGCAUUCCAGGUGACAACCUCAUGAAACUGGUUGAAAAGGAUUCCUCAUGAAGCUGGUUGAGAGAAUGCCAAAAGUGUGCAAAGCUGUCAUCAAGGCAAAGAGUGGCUACUUUGAAGAAUCUCAAUUAUAAAAUAUAUUUGGAUUUGUUUAACACUUAUUUGGUUACUGCAUCAUUCCAUAUGUGUUAUUUCAUAGUUUUUACAAUGUAGAAAAUAGUAAAAAUAAAGAAAAACCCUUGAAUGAGUAGGUGUAUCCAAACUUUUGACUGGUACUGUAUAUAUAACAAAUAUAGUUACCAAAGAAAUUUGAAUUCUAGGAAAACUAGAUAGAUUUCACAUAGAGUUGCUCCAAUUCUAACUGAACAGACAAUGCAAACACUGCAGUUGUACUAUCACAUCAUAUCAUGCAUGAGGCUUAUAGUCAGCUCGUCUCUGUGUACUGUACUGUUGCAGAUGCAUUUUCUAAAUGAAAGCUAGGAUAUAGCUAGUGUUGCUAAGCUAAGAAACUGGAUGAAUCUCUUUGGGGACCGUUUGUGCAAGUCAAGUGAUUGAUUGCCUGAGUUAAUUGAGGCCAAGACCUUCGGCCAAGAUGGCUUUUAAAGGCCAAUAUGUCUUAAAAUCUACUGCUUUCUCCUUCACCGCUAUUGGUACCACGAUCUGACAAUGCAGUAGGCUACCUGUAUAUGUGUAUUGUAUGUAGUUGAUAUAUGCAUGAUAAGCACUCUCUUACCCCUUAAACAAUCUACCUCCCUCAUUCUGCACAUUGUACAUUGUUCAAGAAGGAAAUACCCCCAUGAAGAUUUUCUUGAGCUGAAUUAAAAUGGUCUUUCCUCUUAAUGAGAGGGUGUCAAACUAUGUCAUAAUGACAGUAUUUUCGUGUUCAUUUAAAGUCAUAAUGUUGGUCAGUACUUCAUGUCCUCUGCUUUGAUGUAUAAACUUGAUAUGGGCUUGAUUUAGGCCUACUGUUGUAAUACACUGUAAAUAAACAAACAUGUUAUAUGUG